AAAACCGAAAGCAGAGCCGGACAGGAGGAGGGAGCAGCAGGAAAAUGGCUCUGAGCAGCACGGGCGCCCCGGCAGCCUUCACGGGCAAGGAGGUUUACCAGCAGAGCUUCGACCCGGGGCAAUACUUGAGAGAAUUUUACAACUUGAGCGACAGCCAGGGGCAGCCCAACACCUUCCUGAUGCAGAACCUGAAGAGCCUGUGGAAGAUGUUCUCCUUGGAGGGGCUGAAGGGUGAGACCCUGAUAGACGUCGGCUGUGGCCCCACCAUCUACCAGCUUCUGUCAGCUUGUGAGCACUUCCAGGAGAUCUUUGCCUUGGACUACACAGACCAGAACCGCCGGGAGCUGGAGAAGUGGCUGAAGAAGGAAGCGGGAGCCUUCGACUGGAAGCCGGUGGUGGAAUACGUUUGUGAGCUGGAAGGAAAGAGGGAGAAGUGGGCUGAGAAAGAGGAGAAACUGAGACAGAAGGUGAGGCAGGUUCUGAAGUGUGACGUGACCAAAGCCAACCCCACGGACCCCGUGUCCCUGCCACCCGCCGACUGCGUCGUCUCCACCCUCUGCUUGGAGGCUGCCUGCAAGGACCUGGCCACCUUCCGCGGCGCCCUGAAGAACGUGGGCAACCUCCUGAAGCCGGGGGGGCACCUGGUGAUGGUCACCGUCCUGCGGGAAACCUACUACACCUUCAACAACGUGGUCUUCUCCUGCCUCCGCCUGGAGAAAGACGAGGUGGAGGAAGCCGUGAAGGGCGCUGGCUUCGAGGUGAGGUUCAGCGAGGUCUGGACGUGUCCCCCCGACACUGCCACCGGCGGGGACUGCGAGGCCUUGCUGAGCCUGGUGGCCCGCCGGCGCACCCCCACCAGCGGGUAGCACCCGGCCUGGGGAGGGAAACAGCAGCAUGUCUGGGCUCAAAAAGCCCCGCUGGUGUCACCUGCAGCCCCCACCCCUUUAUCUGAAAGCAAAUAAACCCAUGAGUGCUCUCA